AAAAUUCGUGUUCUUCCCUUCAUUUUCCACAAAACCAAAAAAAAAAAAAACCCGGACAAAGACAGGGCGUGCAGUCAUUGAUCACUAUGUCUGCUAUCAGUAUUGUAAACCAUUCAGCGCCUCGACAUGCGAUCCAAGGACAUACGCAGUUUUGGGAUAGGAGGAAGAAAGGUUACAUUACACCGAUGGAUUCGGUUGCAGGUUUCAUGAAUUUAGGUUAUGGUAUCUUGUUCAGUGUUACCAUUGGCACUUUUCUCGGCGUGGUAUUCUCUUACGCAUCGCAAGAUUCAUGGUUACCCGAUCCACGCUGUCGGGUAGACAUAAAUAGACUGAUUCAACAUACACAGAAAAAGCCAAAUGCUAACGGUAUCUACGACGCUGACGGCAAUUUCGAGGCUGAGAACUUUGAACGACUGUUCGCCAAGUAUGCAAGAACAGAUAUUAGCGGUAAUACCAUCACUUUCAAGGAAUUACUACAGAUGACAAACGAAAAUAUGAAUCUCGGAAAAGACCCUACCGCAUGGACGAAUGCUAUUUUGGAGUGGUGCACAGCCUAUUUUUUUAUUGGGCAAAAGGGUGUUCUACGAAAGGAAGACGUGCGUGCUGCAUAUGACGGAUCUUUGUUCUAUCGGUUAAGCAACACCGGCAGACCAGCGAUUGAAAACACGGGCAACAACAAGAAGAAGAAAAUUCCCUUGAUCGAAUCCGGCAUAAAAAUUCCUCAAAAGACGCUUGUUUCCCUCGAAGAUCAUAUCAACGGGUUCCUGCAAAAAUUACCGAGAUCGUAUACUUCGUUUAUUCUGGAGCAAGUUCAGCACAUUCGCUCCCUUUCGCUUUCAGCACCCAUGGCAUUACAACCUCACCUUACUGGCGUCAGCAAACAAACGACUGACAGUGUGGCGAAUGACAGUCCCGUUACGCUUUUCGCAGGCGGCCUCACUGGCGUUAAAAGUAUCCACUUCACCUCUGAGAACUUGCCAUUAACAGGUAUCAAGGGUUCCAUUAAACAAGAAAGCGACAUCGAAGAGGAAAACGAUGAAGGACAAUACUAUUACUCACCAGAAAUGGAGGAUAUGGAAGAACGCGGUGGAUCGUCUCCAACCUCACUGGUUGGCAUUGUUCCAGAAGGUGGUAAUUACUACCGAGAAGAACCGGUCAAGGAUUUGCUCAAUGUUGGGACGUUGACUGGUGUAAGGCACGACGACUUCAAUACUGCAUCUGGUUCAGGAUCAUCAUCGUCGUAUGACGGAUACAGAGCAGCAGAGCAAGAAGAGGAGGAACAAUAUUCACGGGAUACCAAACGUGGACUUACAGGAGUACAAUACGAUGACUUGCAAAACUAUCCUGAUCUUCCAGGACUGGCGAAUAACGAUGACAGUAACGGAGACAAUGACAACCAGUCGUCCUAUUCUGAUAGUAGCCGAGAUUCGCCCAUGUCACUUCCUAACGCAGGACCACAGCACGAAGAAGAACAUUCGCCCAUCCAUAUGAGUACCCCCAUCAUGGACACAUCCGAAAAAUUCCAAGCCUCUCAAGAAAACCAUAUUGCAGAAUCGGACGCCCAAUGGCCGAUUUUGCCAGGGGUGCUCGAAAACGAGGAUUAACUGAGACACAGCAACCCAUGGUUACUAACUAAGCUACGUUUAAAGUAUCAUUCUGACCUGCUUUCAACAGUUAUCAUUUUUUCAGUCUAAAUAAAAAAAAAGUUAUGUAUUGAAAGACGCAAAAUAGGAUGCAGUAUUACAAUGUCCCAAGUGUGGCAAAGAUAAAGAUUUUCGUGUUGAUUGUCUCGACUGUGAAACAA